AUGUCGAUUAAUUCAACAAAUUGGACAGAAGCAUUGCAAAAGUUAGAUUAUCCACCAGAUCAUGAAUUAUAUGACAUUCUAAACAAGAAAAUUGAGUUCCCUUACAAGAUCUUUAUAGGGGAAAAUUCAGGUACAGUAAAAUACAAAUCGGGUUCCCCCAAUAGUGCUAAAAUCAAUGGUGACUUAAUUAGACAAGAAUUAGAAAGUAGAUUCAUUAAACUAGGAGAUUCAAUAUUUUUUUAUCAUUUCACUACCGGAAACUGGUUAGAAUAUGAUACUAAAUUCGUUGAGAGAUUCAUACCUUAUAUAAUUGAGCAAAUUAAAGAAGAAGAAACAAGAGAUACAAAAUCAAAUGAAGAAGAAGAAGGUCAAUGGUUUAUUGUACAUGAUAAAUCUCCAAAACCUGUUUCAGAAGAAUCUGGUACUCAAAGAUUUUCAGAUGAAUGGGUCAUUAAACACAUGGAGAAUUGUAUUCAUUCUAAAAGAACUGGAAAAUUGCUUCAUGAAGAUAUUUAUCAAAGAUGUGCAUAA